AUGUUGUGCACCGGAAAUUGAGCAGCGGAUGUGGAAUGGCCGCCGGUGAACAUUUUACAGAGAAAAUCUUUGCAUAAUCAAAAUAUAGAAGUUAACUAAAACCCAAUAGAGAAGUGUUUGCUUAAAUAUAAUAAAAGUGCAGAAUGAGUGCUAAUGAUUAGUGCAUUACUGUCUAAUUUGUGAAUAAAAUAAUUUGUAAAUAAUUUGGGUUGAAAACUUUUUUGCAGAAUCUGUGCUGCAGCGAUGUAUAUUUUUUUCUCGCUGCACACAACAUAUGAAAAGUGAGCAAAAAGCUAAUGAGAAUGCUUUGUGUAUAAACGACAGACUUACGCACUGUGUAAGUGGAUGACCGAUUACCAGACUUAAUAGUAGCUUGUUGGCUGACAGAUAGACCGACAGACAAACCGCACACAGACAGACGGACUACUGCUCUGGUGAAUUGAGUGAGUGUUCGUCGCACUGGCUGGCUGACUGCGAGAGUAAAUGAGCAAAACAAAAAGAGCAGGGCAACAACAAAAGGCGAAAAACACAUUGCACGCGUUAUCAGCGCAAAGUGAAACAAAAUUAAAAAUGUAAAACAAAACGAAAACAAGUAAUAAUACUAUUAAGCAUAACAAGUGCAGCGCUUGUCAACAGCCCCUACUCACACCCCCCCACAUGUACGUUUGUUUGUGUGUAUGUGUGUGUGUCCAUAAGCCAAUGUUGACAGCAUAAAGCUAAAUAAAUAAAUAAAUGAAGAAGUGUAAACGCUAACGUGUCGAAACAGGAGCAAGUGCUUUAAACAAAACAAAUGAAAUCGGUGCGAAAAUAAACAGUGGAUUCUUUUGCUGCAGAGCAUAAACGGAACAUACAAAAAAGUGAGCACAACAAAAACUAAUCGCACAAGCUUUAGCAAUUUAAAAAUGUUUUAGAAAGUCCACUUACAAAUUCGGUCUAAGUCUCCUUUAAUUUUGUGUUAGAACUUUUAGAAGUAUAAAAAACUAAUAUUUCUUAAUGAUUGGAUGAUGUGUAAUGUAAAAGAUUCGUUGACGUUGUAAUCAAUGCCGCCGUAAACAGACAGCAACACUGAGCGCACGAAGUCUUUACAAGCAACCACCAGACAAACUUCAACGUUCGCCACCAGAUGUUUCCGAACUUAUUUAAUUCAGACACAUAAAUUAUAAACGAAAGUGCAGAGAAUGAAAUGAAUCCAUUACUCAACAGUGAAUCGCAGUAAUAUAAUGAAGCACUCACUGGCGAACUAACUUUCGAUUUGAAGCGCAGCUGGAUAUUCACAUAUAGUUUCUUGCAUGAACGAAGUUGUACUAAUACUAAUAAAGUGAGCAUUUGACACCAUUCAAUUUAUUAAUAAAGUGCAAAAAUAUUGAAAUUAUUAGCAGACGAAGGCAGUUUAAUAAAGCUAUUUGCUGAGUGAAGCAGUAAUUUCCAAGUAUUAGCAAUAAAGACUCACUCGCCUUGCUCAAGUAUCGAAAAUCAAAAUACAAUAACCCUGCAGCAACAGCAAGUAAAUCAGGAAGCGGCCAUCAAUUAUCUGCUUAGCAGCAGGUGCAAAGGAUAACAGUAAACCGACAGGAUAACCAGACAAUGAUUGCCAGCAUACAAAGCACAACAGGUUGCCAGUGAAGCGCCAAAGCGAGAAACGUGGUGGCAAUUGGGCUGCACUUUCGGCGUGAGUGUGGAGACGCAAUUGGAUUAUAACUAGAAAAUCAGGCCAACGAGACUUCGUUACGAAGUCACACAGCACUAGCAGCAUACUUGUGUAUGAGGAAGCGGCAUUGUAAGUGGGCGUACAAUGGAACGUGCCGGAAGCUCUAAGGCGUUGAGCAAAGCAAAUUAGGCGCUCAGAAAUGUCCAAAACUUCAAGUGCAUAAAGCAACCAAUAAAAAUUUGCCCAUUUAGAAGCGUUCGAACCGACAAGAUAAUCGCCUCCAACAGCAGGCGUAUAUACAAAUCGUCUAACAUAUCUUAAGGCGGGCUUAAGAGCUGCGCAGGCGUCGGUGACAUGUGAUGGAACGGCUAUUGAACCGGUUGUGUUGCUGUCAAUGAUUUCCCACACUAGUUUUAUGUAUGAGCAACAAACGCGACAACAACAACAGCAAAAGCAACUACGCUCCACAUAUCCAAUUCAAGAUGACAGACACUUCAGUGACAACGACAACAACAUCAGCAACAACAACAACGGAUGUUGGCUUUACGUCAGCUGGUAAUAUAACUGGCUCAUUGCCCAAAAGCAAAGUGGAUGCUGUCGAUGACCCAGCAGUCAGCAUAAAUAAAUCCUUCGCAAAUGGCGAUGCUCAUGUGGCGCAAUCGCCUCCGCCACUUAUAAUAAAAGCCGACCAACAAUCUCAACGCAAUAACAACACAGGAACGGGAAUUGCGGGCGACGCGGAUGGCAUGUCAACUAGCUUGACCAGCAAUCGUUACUCGUGCGGCUCAAUGCAGUCACCCACAACAACUGUGGCAGUUACGCGUGGCCGCAUGCCAUCCACGGACAAUGGCGGCACCUCAACGACCAGCACAAGUAAUUCGAUUUCCGCUUGCGACAUGACGACGUUAGUGCAUUCGACCGGCAGUAGCGCGGCCAAUACGGCGCUCAACUCACCAAUUAACUGCAGCAGUCCGACGUGGAAUGCGACUUCCACGGCGGCAACUACAUGUAGCAACGGCGGGAAGGUGACACGUCGCGAAGCCACACAGCAAGAGGUGGACGAAGUGGCGCGUUUAUUCGAGGAAAAGCCCGAAGCUUUCGAGAAAUGGCUGAUGGAGCGUGCGCCGCCCGAGGCUUUGGCGCGUUUGCACGAGUUCAUCGAGUCACGAAAACCACCGAAGCGGCCAUCGGUGACGUCUGAUCUCUUUCAGCAGUGGAUGGCAGCAUCGCCGGUGCAGAAACCUCAGUCCCGCUCACUGUCCACGUCCUCCGGCAAUUCUGUAUUUGAUAGUCGUCGUCACCUGAUGGAAUUGGAUGAAGGUGAACUAUUCAUGGAGCUGAUUCGUGACGUGGCCAAUGAAUUGGAUAUUGAUGUGCUGUGUCAUAAAAUCCUCGUCAAUGUAGGACUGCUUACCCAUGCGGAUCGUGGCUCAUUGUUCCUAGCCAAGGGGCCACCAAACAAUAAAUACCUGGUUGCGAAGCUCUUCGAUGUGACACAGAAAACAGCGCUCAAGGAUGCUGUUAAGAAGGCGAAGCUGGAGGAGAUACGAAUACCUUUCGGUGUGGGCAUUGCCGGCAUGGUGGCGCAAACAAAAGAGAUGAUCAACAUAAAGGAAGCAUACAAGGAUGCACGUUUUAAUUGUGAGAUUGAUUUAAAGACUGGCUACAAAACGAAUGCAAUAUUAUCGAUGCCAAUAUGCAAUUACGAAGGAGACGUCAUAGGAGUGGCACAGAUUAUCAACAAAACCAACGGUUCCAUGGAAUUUGACGAGCACGACGUCGAGAUUUUCCGACGUUACUUAACCUUUUGCGGCAUAGGCAUACAAAACGCACAACUAUUUGAAAUGUCCGUCCAGGAAUAUCGACGCAACCAAAUACUCUUAAGUUUGGCGCGAAAUAUAUUUGAGGAGCAAAAUAACUUGGAAUGCUUAGUGACAAAAAUUAUGACAGAAGCACGAGAGCUGCUGAAAUGCGAGAGAUGCGCUGUGUUUUUGCUGGAUUUGGACUGUUGUGAGGCGAGUCAUUUGGAGAAAAUUAUUGAGAAACCUAGUCAACUACAAACUCGUCUCAACCGCGCCAUCAAGGACGUGGACGAUAAUGAAAGAGAUGACAAACAAAUGUCCCGCACGCGCUUUACAGUUCUCUUUGAGCUGGGCGCCUCCAACCAGUCGGCCAAUAUUUCCCGCCCCUCUGUCAAUGAUCUGUGCAACUCCACUCUGGCGCAGAUUGCGCAAUUUGUUGCAACCACCGGACAGACCGUGAAUAUCAGUGAUGUCCAUGAGUGGGUGCGUGAGCAUAAUCAAAUACGAACAGAGAAUGAGAUUGACGCGACAAAGGCGAUCUUGUGCAUGCCGAUCGCGAAUGCGCAGAAGACGGUGAUUGGUGUGGCGCAGUUGAUUAAUAAGAGCACGGGUUUGCCCUUCACCGACUCAGAUGUUUCCAUUUUUGAGGCGUUUGCCAUUUUUUGCGGUCUGGGCAUACACAACACGCAAAUGUACGAGAACGCUUGCAAAUUAAUGGCGAAGCAGAAGGUUGCUUUAGAAUGUUUGUCUUAUCAUGCGACCGCUAGCGCGGAGCAAACACAGAAGCUGGUCAACGACAAAAUUGAAUCGGCCGAAAAAUAUGAUUUAUAUAGUUUCAAGUUUAUUGACUUUAAUCUAUGUGAUGAUGACACUUGUCGUGCCGUCUUGUGCAUGUUUCUGCAAUGUAAUCUAGUCUCAAAGUUCCAAAUACCCUAUGAAGUUCUUUGCCGUUGGGUGCUGAGUGUGCGCAAGAAUUACCGUCCCGUGAAGUAUCACAAUUGGCGUCACGCCCUCAAUGUGGCCCAAACAAUGUUCGCAAUGCUAAAGACUGGUAAAAUGGAACGUUUUAUGACUGAUUUAGAGAUAUUGGGUCUUUUGGUAGCCUGCUUAUGUCAUGAUUUGGAUCAUCGUGGUACAAAUAAUGCAUUCCAAACCAAAACAGAGUCACCACUGGCUAUACUAUACACGACUAGCACAAUGGAGCAUCAUCACUUUGACCAGUGCGUAAUGAUUUUGAAUUCGGAGGGAAAUAAUAUAUUUCAGGCUCUGUCACCCGAAGAUUACCGUUCAGUUAUGAGUACCGUGGAAAACGCCAUACUUUCAACCGAUCUGGCAAUGUAUUUCAAAAAACGCAAUGCCUUUCUGGAGCUCGUCGAAAACGGCGAAUUCGAUUGGCAGAGUGAGGAGAAGAAAGAGUUACUCUGCGGCAUGAUGAUGACCGCCUGCGAUGUGAGCGCCAUUGCAAAACCUUGGGAGGUACAACAUCGUCUAGCCAAGCUGGUAGCGGAUGAGUUCUUUGAUCAAGGUGACCUUGAGAAGCUGCAACUAAAUACGCAACCAAUCGCCAUGAUGGACCGCGAACGCAAGGAUGAGUUGCCUAAAAUGCAAGUGGGUUUCAUAGACGUGAUAUGUUUGCCGCUCUAUCGUGUGCUUUGCGACACUUUCCCCUGGAUAACUCCACUAUAUGAGGGUACCCUGGAAAAUAGACGCAAUUGGCAAGAUUUGGCCGAAAAAGUGGAAAUGGGUCUCACUUGGAUCGAUCACGAUACUAUCGAUAAGCCAGUGGAAGAAUUUGCCGGUUGUGCCGAUGAGGAGAUAAAAGAUAUCGAAUUCACCGUAACCACAUUGAAUUGUCAUCCACACCAGCUGCAUGGCGACGAUGCUUCCACACCGGAGCAUCAUCGCGGUAGCACACGACUGAGCAUCAAAAAGACAGGCGCUCUGGGCAAGGCCGUACGUUCGAAAUUGACAAAAACGCUGUACAACAGCAUGGAUGGGGUUAAGCAGAAAUCUUCAUUUAAGCUGCUCGACUCACAUGUUAGCGAGGAUUUAGAUGACAAAAGCCCAACGAGUCCUUCGCAGCCAAUGGUGCCGGGUCCCGGUCACAUUUCCGCUUCGUCAUCUACAUCUUCGGCAGGUACUGUCAGCACGACCGACAAGUCGAAGAAGCGCUCCAAGUUGUGCUCGCUGUUGUGACGAAAACCAUCCAAUUAGAAUUUGGUGACCUCCACCGAUAAGCACAGUGGCGGUGGGGGGUCGACCGAUGUCUAAUUGGAGUUAAAACUUAAAUAUGUAUGUAAAAUAGGUAAUAGCGGUAAAGGUGCAACACUUUUGUGUAUAAACAGAGUGGUUAAUGCAAGCAUAUUCCGUCUGAGAGAAAGAUAACUAAAAAUCUAACCAAAAAUCAAAAUUUUUUAGCAAAUUGAAAAUAAAAAAGAUUUACAAAGUUGCAACAAAAAUCAAAAUGAAGUCCAAAGAUAUACUAUUAGACCAAUUUAGAGUGGUAAGAAAUGUUGCAAGUACAUAAUUGCAAUUACGCAUUUGCACUUACAAUUUUGAAUUGGAUAAUACAAUAGGCCAUUGAGAAAUUAAACAGUGCAAUUACGAAUAAUUGUAUAAUAGACCAAUCAAAUAUUCUGAUUAGUCAAUUUUGAUCCGUGAAAAAUUCUCUUUCGUGGCGUAAAAAGAAAAGUGUAGCCCACGUGGGAGCUUUUCGGCGUUCUGCCGAGCGCUCGAAAGUAAGCAGCUGAUAUCAAGGUAUUUAGAACCACGAUAAUACAAAAGAUGAAAGAAAGUUAAGCUUCACAAUCCAAUUUACUACCAAAAGCUAAUAGGACAUACUUGUAUGCACUUAGAUAUGUACGCAAAACAUGUGACUUUACUAGAACUCAAUUUUAAAUAAAUGUUAGCAGCGAAUCCGCUUUGUGCAGAGAGAACUCAUACAAAUUUAUGUGUGUGAAUGUAUUUUUUUAUUUAACGGUAAGCUAGUCAAAUUUUCAUUAAGCAAAUAAGCAGAUGUGGAAGCAGUUUCGCUUCAGUGUGAGUCUUUAUUCUAGUCGUAUCACAUACUAACUACACUACUUUGAAUUAAAUUCACAUUAACUUUACAAGCUUUAGGUAUAAUAGAGUUAUUAGGCAAUAUGCACCUUUCACAGCAAUGAAAGUGCGCACUGGUAGCGAUUAAAUAGCGAAGCAUUGCUUUAUGAAACGUUGUAUGUACAUUGUGCUGGCUGUGGCCGAGGCAUAGACACACUUUCGUGCUGCAGCUCGCAAUUGGCGGCGCAUGCGCAACUACUUUGAUAGCAAUACACUCACUACGAUGAUAUUUAUGCAAUCUCAAAUAUGAAUAAAUACAAAAUGUGUAUGUAAAUUUGCAUGUUACUUUAAUUGUUAUGAAUUAGUGAAAUAUGGCAACACCUUUGUGAAAAAAUUCCUUUAAGAUAUAAUUAAAUGUACGUGUAAUGUGUGCACAAUAAACACGAAAAAAUAAAAAACCAGAAAGAAAAAUCAUUUUAAACUAAAAAAAAAUUUCAAACAAAAAUUAUUUGAGUGAGUUUCCAAAUUGAGAGAGCUAACUGUUGAUGUAACUGCAGAGCACUUUAUAGCCCAUAGAACUAAUGUAGCGUUUUAACGGUUAAAAUUGAAUGAAGGUCAAGCUACUAGAAAAAACAUGUAAUCAAAACUUUAUUCGGAGUUUUGAUAUUAGAAAAGCGCAAAACAUUAAGUGAAGCUAAUUUAAAGUAUUUUUCGAAACCUCAUUUACUAAAUGUGCAUGUCAAUUCCUAAAUUAAGUAAUGCAUAAAUGUGAAACAAAGUCAAGCAGCACAUGCAAUGGCAAAAUCAAAAUCAAAAUGUUAUCUAUGAAUACUGAAACUAAAUGUAAUGAAAAGUUUUACUUUAAAACUCAUGCAAAUGUAUAAAAAUUGGUAUGACGCAGGAGCGUAGAAAGUCUUAUUAUAUCUUAUAAAUAAAUAAUUAUUGGCUACUGGAAGGCUUUGUAAGAACAGACAGAAUAAAGAACUUUGAUUGUAAAGCAA